GCACUGUCUAGUCAGACGCACACAAUGCUUAGUGUUCUUCAGAAGGAAAUGUUUUGCAUGCAGCGCUGAUCCUGGAGGAGAUAGCCAUUGACAACACCGACAAGGAGCAAGAGAUGCGGCUGCUGCAGGAAGCGUUGGAUCUACACGUGUCAGCACUGCGCCUCUCAUGCCAGGCCUUUGGGGAGAUGAACGUUCAGACAGCCAAGCACUAUGGAAACCUUGGUCGUCUCUACCAGUCGAUGCGACGCUUCAAGGAGGCGGAAGAGAUGCAUCUGAAGGCCAUUGACAUCAAAGAGAGACUACUUGGGCCUGAGGAUUACGAGGUGGCCUUGUCGGUCGGUCACCUAGCUUCGCUCUACAACUAUGACAUGAAGCUCUAUGAGCAGGCUGAGCACCUCUACCUCCGUUCUAUUGCCAUUGGAACAAAACUGUUCGGAGAGGCAUACAGUGGUCUGGAGUAUGACUACCGGGGCCUGCUGAGGGUUUCUAUGGAGAUGAACAAGACCAAUCAGGUGCUUCGCUACACACGGGUGCUAGAAGAGUGGCGGCAGCUGCGUCAGCGUAGUCUGCGUGAAGGCCACGAUGCUUCCCCAUUCACCUUUUGCGUCUGCAAGGUGCCUCCCGAGGAUAUCUACACAUACGUCACCAGCCUGCGGUAGAGUUGCCCACCAAGGCUAGUUCCUGUUCAUAGAUGUAAUCGAGCCCUCUGCAAUGCCUGAAGUGUGUGUACUGCCAGUCCCAGAGUUGGCCCCCUGGCUUUCCUUACUGUCAGUGCCCUGCCCCAUGGUUUGUCCAUCAGCAUUGCAGUUCAGUUGCAGGGGCAUAAGGAUCCCUCUUUGCCUGGUGUGCAACGCCUCAGAAACUUCCAUAAACUGUGUCCUCUCCUUUUUGCCCUAAAGGCAGAGGGAUGUAGCAGUUUGGCUGGGAUAUUGAAGCCAGUGUGGCCAUUUUGCAUGAAAACUGCAGACGCAUCUUUUUCAGUCUGUGCACCUACUGUGAUUCAAAUGUAGAACUCAAAUGAAAUUAAAAGUGCACUGCAGUCACUGAAAGUGUCCAUGGGCACAGAUGUCUGUAAAAUGGCUGUAGCUGUUUAAGUAGUUCAUGGCAGUGAGCAGUCGCAAUCAUACUUUCCUCAUCAGCUGGCACUCACUUUACCUAGUUUUGAGGAGAGGAUGGGGCAAUGCACAAAAGAGUUAACAGUUAUUAAGGGCGGGAGUCGUGGUGCCUCUAGCAACGUCACUGAUGUUUUCAUGUCAUACACUGGUUGUUAGCUAUGUACUGUGCCAUGACUGGUAAAAUUGUAGAACAACGCCUUUGAAUUUACAUGCGGCAAGGGGUCCAUCCGUGCAUUGUUGCUAGCAGAAUUUGCCCUACAAUGCUGUAAAUUAGCUGCUGGGAGAGUACGUGCAAUUUUAUGAACCAGCCGGACAUGAUGUACAGAAGCAGACUUGUAACCUGCCAGCCUUCAUAACAGCAGCUCGCAGUGGCAGAGGUUGUCAUUAGUAAUGGCAGUCUCCUUAUCAUGUCAUAGCAUUUAGUUGCCUUGUUGAUUAGCAGAAAGUGACAUUUCAUUUUCAACACUUGUACUGACAAUGCAAGUUGCAAUCCAAGGCUUUUGUUCAUACUACCACCUCGCAGCUGCUGAGUCCAUAUUGUAAUGUAGUGGGACGAGGCUACGUGAUUUUGAGGGAAACUUGUGUUAGUAGGACCUUGGCAUUAUUUUUGUUGUUAAUGCUUUUUGGAGACAAUAAUAAUAUGAGAGUCUAUAUCUAAGCUUUGCAGUACAGCUUCUUAUCUAUGUAAGCAGCCAAUCUCAAAGAAAUAGUGUUAAAGAGUAAUGCUUUGCUUCCUCCUAGGUGCAUGGUUUGCAGAGGCUUGUCAUCCAUCAAAAUAUUGCUUUUUGAAUGUUGAUGUCCACUUCUUUCAUGAUUAGUGCCCUAUAAAUGUGAACAAUAUGGAAAGACAAGAGCAGUUAGAUUUUUUUAUGCACCAGGCAUGGAUGGAAUGAUGCAUGGUGCAGAAACUACGGUAAUUGAGAGGCCGUAAUGACACACGGAGUGUUUAGCUUCUCGACUUGACAGACUGUCUAUGUGUUUCUGUGUUGCAAGUCAACCUCCUAUUCAAAUCUUCAGAGUUGCUAAAUCUAGCAUUGCACAACUGACGGACUUCCCCGAGUUGUCAGCAGAAUCUCCUUAGUACUGUUAAAAUAUGCCAGCUAGUGAAUGUCUCAUCCACUGCUGUCCUCCAUGCAAAUGGUAUUCAAACACCAACAUUUGCCAGCUUCUUAUUGUGCCGGUCUUACUAACAUUGCGUGCAUAUCAUGAUGAAACCACCAAUCCAGAAAUAGGUCAAACACCAAUGAGUGCUCACUGCAUUUUUUUCCCAUCAUCCCGUUCUCGUGCCUAAUGGUGACUCGCUCAUUGUAUGCUCUCACUGCAAGGGUGUACUUUAUAUGCCCCUUGGCCACGCUAUUCUGAAAUAGUCCACUGAAAAUUGUGCCUGUAUAAAUGGGACAAUGUGCAAAGCACACCAUUGUGAAAAAAAAGAAAGGGCAUCACACUGCCAUGCUAACAUCAGCAUUUGUGAAUUGCAUGCAUGCGCCAAUUACAGUAAAAGUUCGUUAAUUCGACACUGGUGGGAUCGCGAAAAUUUGUUGAAUUAUCCAAUUGUCGAAAUAUCGAAUGAACAACAAAAACGCAAAAUUCUCCCCGGCAUCGUACCUUUAUUUGUCACAGAAGUUUGUAAUCUUAUCUGUUUUUUCGGCCGAACUUGAGCAGCAACAAUAGCUCUAAUAGCUGUCAGAUGCUCCGUGGCACACGCACCAUGCGGAAUUUGCUCACAAAAGUCCUCCAGCACGGACAAGGCUUCUGCGACUUCUUUUACCGUGCGGUUCGGUGGUAGGGGCAGUUGGUCACAAUUGUCACCUUCCGACCAAUCGUCGUUGUCGACGCCUAUCACGUUCUGAAUUAUUUCUUCCUUGGUCAGCUGCCCGACAACGACGACACCAUCAUCGAUGGAUAUGUAAUCAGCGAGUAGCACAGCAGGAGGCAAGACAUCAUUGAAACAGAUUAGUCUUCUGUGGUUUCAGUUGCAUUAGCUGUUUCGAUUGGCAGUUCCUCUGUGCAACAGUUCGGUUGCACAAACCCGCUAUGCCGGAAGCAAUUUGCGAUGACAGCAGCAGGUGUUUUGGCCCAUUCAGAAUAUUAACAGAAUACACAGAAUAUUCAGAGUGCUGGGGAGUGU